AUGAUCAUCAUAAAUAACAUGAAAUACGCCUGUGAAAGGUGUAUCAGGGGCCACAGAGCAAGCACGUGCAAUCACAGGGACGCGAAACUUAUUAUGAUAAAGCCAAAAGGCCGGCCAUCGACACAAUGCCCACAUUGUAAGGAGCUUCGAAAACUGAAAAACUCUCAUGUUGCAUGUAAUUGCAGCCAGAAGCACAAUCCUUCUACAAAGAUUCAUGACAAAGACUGCGCCUGCAUUAUCACAGGUGAAUGUGGUUGCUGUGCAAAUAAAUCCAAGAAAAGGAUAACUUCUUCUACAUUCAGAUUGUCUGCUUCACCUCCAGUUGAGUCUCCCCUAAGCUUUGAUCCAAAUACAGCAACGUUUAUCUCGUCGAUCGACUCGCCAUCAAGUGGUGCCCCAAAUGGAUCAACUCCAGAUUUAUAUACGGACCGCUACGAAAAUUUGCCAAGCCCGUCAACGAGUUUGAGUGCAAUGAGUCCAGACCAGGUGAUUGAUUACAUAACUGGAGGCAAAGACUCUCCAGCAAUGGUUGAUGAACCUGCAUCGAUUGAUGAGCAUGUUCGCCUUAGUUCCUCGGCAGCUCAACAGGAAUCUACGAGAAACGAUCCAAACUUAAGUGAUGCACUGGCUAGAAAGAUACCUAUCUCUAAUACUUCCACAGUGAAUAUACCAGCUGAAAAAUCUUCGCGUGGCGCUUCUUUGCAGAAGAAGCAAGGAGAAAGUGGUAGUGAUGUGGUUGGUGGGCAGCUUUUUGAGGAUUUUCUAUCAGGUUCUGGGACACAGACAUUAGAGGAUUACAUAAAGCAGCAGUCCGGGGACGAUCUAUUGAAGUCUCUUGGAUUUGAUGAUGCUUUAAAGGAGGUAAGUAGGGAGGACGAAAUGCAGCAAAUGCUUCAACAUCUUGGCUCCAGCGCCACAAAAACAUUUAUGUGA